AUGGUGGCGGCAUCAGACAAGAAAAAGGAUGCUAUUCGAAUUGGCUUCUUCCAGCUGUUUAGAUUUGCCUCACCAUCCGAGACGGUGAUGAUGGCUUUUGGUAGUAUCUGUGCUAUUCUUCACGGAGCAGCCCAGCCAGGCAUGUUGCUUGUCUUUGGGGCCAUGACGGACACAUUUAUACAAUACGACAUUGAAAAGCAAGAGCUGGGAGACCCAAACAAAACCUGUGUGAAUAACACCAUAGUGUGGAUCAAUGGCUCCUAUCUGGAAAAUGAAAGUAAUACAUCGAUAAGUUGUGGAUUGCUGGAUAUUGAAAAGGAAAUGACCUUGUUUGCAAGUUACUAUGCAGGAAUCGGCUGUGCAGUUCUUUUUCUUGGAUAUCUCCAAAUUUGCUUAUGGGUAACGGCAGCUGCUCGACAGAUACAGAAAAUCAGAAAAGCCUAUUUCAGGAAAGUAAUGAGGAUGGAUAUAGGCUGGUUUGAUUGUACAUCAGUGGGUGAACUCAAUACACGGAUUUCUGAUGACGUUAAUAAAAUAAAUGAUGCUAUUGCUGACCAAGUAGCAAUCUUUAUCCAGCGCUUCACCACCUUUAUUUGUGGAUUCCUGUUAGGAUUUGUCAGCGGCUGGAAGCUGACCUUGGUCAUUAUUGCCGUCAGUCCACUCAUUGGGGUCGGAGCUGGAAUAAUUGGCCUGGCUGUGGCAAAGCUGACAGGUCGAGAAUUAAAGGCUUAUGCAAAAGCUGGUGCCAUUGCUGACGAAGUGCUCUCGUCUAUCCGAACUGUGGCUGCUUUCGGAGGGGAAAGAAAAGAAGUGGAAAGAUACGACAAAAACCUAGUUUUUGCCCAGAACUGGGGAAUCAGAAAGGGAAUAAUCAUGGGAUUCUUCACUGGUUACAUUUGGUUUAUUAUUUUCAUGUGUUAUGCGCUAGCCUUUUGGUAUGGCUCAAAACUUGUCCUUGAGCAACAAGAGUAUUCUCCUGGCACGCUUUUACAGGUUUUCUUUGGUGUUCUAGUGGGUGCCUUAAAUCUUGGCCAAGCUUCUCCUUGUCUGGAGGCCUUUGCCACCGGCCGUGGGGCUGCCACAAACAUCUUCGAGACAAUCGACAAAGAACCCACCAUCGAUUGCAUGUCAGAAAGUGGCUACAAGCUGGAUAAAGUUAGAGGUGAAAUUGAAUUCCAUAAUGUGACAUUCUACUAUCCAUCCAGACCUGAAGUAAAGAUUUUAGAUAAACUCAGCAUGGCCGUCAAGCCAGGGGAAAUGACAGCUUUCGUUGGCCCUAGUGGAGCGGGGAAGAGUACGACGGUGCAGCUCGUCCAGCGAUUCUACGACCCUAAUGAAGGCAUGCAAUUCGACACCCUUGUUGGAGAAGGCGGUGGCCAAAUGAGUGGGGGCCAGAAGCAAAGGAUAGCUAUUGCUCGAGCCUUAGUUCGAAACCCCAAAAUCCUGCUAUUGGACAUGGCCACUUCUGCACUGGAUAAUGAAAGUGAAGCUACAGUUCAAGAAGCUCUUCAUAAGGCUCGCUUGGGACGCACUGCAGUCUCAAUAGCUCAUCGACUGUCCACCAUCAAGACAGCAGAUGUCAUCAUUGGUUUUGAGCAUGGGAGAGCUGUGGAAAGAGGGACACAUGAGGAGCUAUUAGAGCGAAAAGGGGUUUAUUUCACACUGGUGACUUUGCAAAGCCAGGGAGACAAGGCACUUGUUGAAACAUCUGUACAAGUCUCUGAGCCGACACUUGAGAAAGUGCACUCUUUCAGCAGGGGAAGCUACCAGGCCAGCUUGAGAGCCUCCAUUCGACAGCGUUCCCGGUCUCAGAUGUCCAAUUUGGUACCUGAUCUCCCAAGGUCAAUUGCAGGAGACCAUUCAGAGCCUAUCUAUAGCACAGCUGAGUAUGAAGAUGGCUCUAGCCUAUUGAAAAAGGAAUGUAUUGCUGAAGAGGAGGUAGAACCAGCUAAUGUUACCAGAAUUUUGAAGUACAAUGCUCCAGAAUGGCCCUACAUGGUGCUUGGAUCCUUAGGGGCAGCUGGCAACGGAGCAGUCAACCCGCUCUAUGCUUUGCUCUUCAGUCAGAUUAUUGGAACCUUUUCUAUUCCUGAUGCAAAAGAGCAAAGAACACAGAUUGAUAACAUCUGUGUGCUUUUUGUCUUUGUCGGAGUGAUAUCAUUUUUCACACAAUUCUUGCAGGGAUAUACAUUUGCAAAGUCUGGGGAACUGCUUACAAGACGGUUGAGGAAAAUCGGUUUCCAAGCUAUGCUCGGUCAAGAAAUUGGCUGGUUUGACGACCACAAGAACAGCCCCGGUGCCUUGACUACAAGAUUAGCAACCGAUGCAUCUCAGGUUCAGGGGGCGACAGGAACUCAGAUAGGAAUGAUCGUGAGUUCCAUCACCAAUAUUGGCGUGGCCAUUAUCAUUGCUUUCUACUUCAGCUGGAAGCUCACUUUAGUCAUUCUCUGCUUCUUGCCCUUCUUGGCCGUGUCUGGAGCCAUGCAGUCAAAAAUGCUGACAGGGUUCGCCUCUCAGGACAAGCAAGCUAUGGAAAUUACCGGGCGGAUUUCAAGUGAAGCGCUCACGAAUAUCAGAACGGUUGCCGGGAUUGGGAAGGAGAAGAAAUUUAUUGACGCUUUUGAGAAGCAGCUGGAAACCCCAUACAGAGCGGCAAUCAAAAAAGCAAAUGUUUAUGGGGUUUGUUUUGGUUUUGCUCAGUGUGUGGUGUUCAUAGCCAAUUCUGUCUCUUACCGGUUUGGAGGCUUCUUAGUGGACCAAGAAGGACUUCAUUACAGCUAUGUAUUUAGGGUGAUCUCCUGCAUUGUGACCAGUGGAACUGCUUUAGGAAAAGCUUCGUCUUACACCCCAAAUUAUGCCAAGGCGAAAAUAGCCGCAGCACGAUUUUUCAAGCUUGUGGAUCGAAUUCCUCUAAUCAGUGUUUACAGCAAUGUAGGGGAGAAAUGGGACAAUUUCCGUGGAAGCAUCGAUUUCCUCAACUGUAAGUUCACAUAUCCUUCACGGCCUGACAUCCAAGUGCUAAACGGCCUCUCUGUGUCUGUGAAACCUGGACAGACCCUUGCCUUUGUUGGAAGCAGUGGAUGCGGUAAGAGCACCAGUGUCCAACUUCUGGAACGUUUUUAUGAUCCUGACGAAGGAAGAGUGUUGAUCGAUGGACACGACAGCAAGAAAGUCAGCGUCCCGUUUCUCCGUUCUAAAAUCGGAAUCGUAUCUCAGGAACCGGUACUGUUCGACUGCAGUAUUGCUGACAAUAUCAGAUAUGGUGAUAACACUAGAGAGAUUUCUAUGGAUAAAGUGAUUGCAGCGGCCGAAAAGGCCCAGCUUCAUGACUUUGUCAUGUCGCUUCCUGAUAAAUAUGAAACUAAUGUUGGCGCUCAGGGAUCCCUUCUCUCUCGGGGGCAAAAACAGCGCAUUGCUAUCGCACGAGCCAUCAUCCGAAAUCCUAGGAUCUUAUUGCUGGAUGAAGCCACAUCUGCACUGGACACUGAAAGUGAACAGACUGUACAAGCGGCCUUGGAUAAAGCUAGAGAAGGCCGAACCUGCAUCGUCAUAGCCCACCGUUUGUCUACAAUUCAGCAUUCCGAUAUCAUAGCCGUCAUGUCACAAGGAGUGAUUGUUGAAAAGGGCACUCAUGAAGGACUGAUGGCCCAGAAAGGGGCAUACUACACACUUGUCACCACUGGGGCACCCAUUAGCUGA